AAAACUGACGAUGGAGUUGAAGAGUUAGUUGAUGAAGCUGGUUGAUUAGAAUGGCUGGUUAAGAUGUUCUCAGAAUACAGGAUUCAUCCAGCUCUGCUUCACCUGCUUUACUGUCUGCUGUGCUCAGCUGGAGAAGAGGUUGUCAGACUGCAGGAGCUGGAAGGAAACACUGUAACCAUCCAUACUGGAUUAACUGGAGAUCAGAGUGAUGCUCAGAUACUGUGGCUCUAUAGAUCCGAGAAUGUAGAAAUAAAGAUAGUGAACAGUCUGGUGUUUAAAGGGGAGACUAAUACAGACUAUCCCAGUGAGAGAUUCAGAGACAGACUGCAGCUGAACAGAAACAGUGGAUCUUUAACCAUCACAAACAUCAGCAGAGAAGAUUCUGGCGUUUAUAAACUACAGAUCAUUACCGGACAUCAGUCAGUCUGGAGUUUCAGUGUUAAUAUUUAUGAUAACCUUUUCAAUGUCUCUUAUCUGUUUUGUUUGUUUUUCUUUUGUUUCAUAGCUCCAGUAUCAAAGCCAGUCAUAAGAAAUCAAGCUGAAAAGCGCUCAGUGAGUCUCAGAGAGUCGUGGUCUCCUCUGUGCUCUGUGGAGAAUGGGAAGGAUGUGAGUUUGUCCUGGUAUGAAGAGAAAGAGAGAAUCUCCAGCAUCAGUAGCUCAGAUUCCAGUGAACGUCUUUAUCUUCCUCUGAAUAUAACCAACCCAAACUGUUCUACUUACACCUGUGUAGCUGCUAAUCCAGUUAGCAGUCAGACAACCCAGCUCGACAUUACAAACGUCUGUAUUAAAGCAGGUCAGAAAGCUGAGGAACUUCCCGAAUCACUGGCUGCUGUUCUGACAUCUGCUGGACUGAUUGUUGCUCUAUCAGUAUUAUUUGUGCUGUACUGGAGAAAGACGUCAAAGCAACAAGUUUAUCUGUAUGUUAAGCUGAAUUAUACUGAAGUGAAAAGCACAUCUCAGUAUUCAGAGGAGGAUUAUAAGCGAUAUGUUCGUGUGAAGAGCUCCUUGGGUGUGCCAGGCCACCAGGUCUAUAAUAAACAGGGGGGAUCAUGA